AUGAUGCGCACUCCAAUGAAUUUUCUCCUCGUCAAUUUAGCUGUUGCUGAUAUGACUGUGGCAGUCUUCAUCGCAAUUCGCUACAUCUUCACCUUGGUAUUUGUCCACCCAAAGGGAGAAAUAGGUGACUUUGUUUGCCAGCUUCUGACAGGUGAAGCUUUUAUGUGGGUUGGCGCGCUUGCUUCGGCCUUCUCUCUCGUUUGCAUCGCUUUAGAACGAUACCUUGCCAGCAAAUUUCCAUAUGACCAGCGAAAAAGGAUCACAACUGCCAAACUCAAGAUCAUUGUCGUAGUCUUGUGGGUGAUGGCAGCAUCCUGGAACAUGCCACUGUUUCUUUACGCGAGAUACGACCCUGUCAGUGAAUUCUGCUUAUUCCACUGUUCAAGUGCUAACUUUUCGAAGUUUCACAGUCCCGCAUGUGCUGUGGUAUACGGUGCCCUGCCAAUCACCGUCAUGAUUUACCUGUAUUCUAAGCUGGUUUACAAACUAUGGUUUCGUCCCAUUUCCUGCUCAACAAUUGCACAACAGAACAAGCUGAGAUACUGCAAGAAAUCUGCACGGCUGGUUGUAACAGUCAGUGUGAUUUACUCCGUUUGUUGGAUCCCAGUGUUGGCUAUUUAUGUGAUAUCUUCGUUUACGAGCCUACAGAUAUAUUCCUCUGUACACACCACAAGUAUAGUUUUUGUAACACUCAACUCCGCUAUAAACCCAGUGCUGUAUAGCUUGCAGAGCGAUCGUUUUCGAAAGCACAUGAUAGCUUUGUUGCAGUUUCCUUGCUGUACGCGCACAAGCUGUAGGGUCGGUACUUCCCAAGUCACAACAUCAAAUGAGGAUAAAGAUUUACACGAAACGGCCUCGACCGUUUGA